AUGAAGACAGCAUUCCGUUUGCUUCUUAACGCCCACAGGUCAGCAGCGCGGUCAAAUAAUCGGCCAUUGACUCCCCCUCUACAUCUGUAUCGUAGGAUCCUUCGAGAGCAUAGAAAUCUUCUACCGGCGCAAAGAUUAUUAGGAGAUGAGUAUGUGAAAAAUGAAUUUAGAUUGCACAAGAAUACAGAAAAUCCUAUUCAUGUUGUUGGGUUUCUGGCUUCCUGGCAAGAUUAUCUUCACAUGAUAUCAAAUGGAGCCUGGGAGGAGGGGACUUUAUCAACAAGCGUUUUAGCAAAACUUUCAUCUGAACAGAUUGUACAGCUAUAUGAAUUGAUGAAGGAGACACAGAAUGUAUUUAAUGAAUCUGUUACUAAUGAGGUGAAAUGA